GUUCGUUCAUUCGUUCUUCGUUCGUUGCUGGUGUAGUACGUGUAGAUUGUGAGCGCGGUAUUGUUCAUAUAGAAAAAUCACACCGUCGCCAUCUUUAAUUUUUUUCACUUGAGAAAAGUGUAAAAAUUACAAUUGUAUCAUAAAAUAUUACUGUGAAAAUAGAUUCUCCGACAGAAGUGUUAAGCAAGUAAAUUAUAGCAAUAAUAAGAAAAUGGCAUUCCGUGGCAACCAAAACCGCAACCGAAACUUCGGCGGUAACAACUAUGGUGGGGGCCCAAUGGGUGCAAACCGCAUGGGAAACAUGAACAUGUCGCCUUGGGAUACACCAAAUGCCGGAGGUAAUUUUGGUGGUGGCAAUAUGCGCCAAGGCGGCGGUGGCCAAGGCAUGAACGCUCAGGCCAUUAAUUUGGCUAAUAAUCUCUUAAACAAUUUGUUCAGAAACCAAAAUCCACCUUCCUUGUUGGAUCUGCCACGCGGCGGUGGAGGCGGUAUGGGCAAUCGCAAUCAACGCGGCGGACCGAUGGUCAAUCGUGGUCCUCCUGGCAAUCGCAUUAAUAAUCGCCGUGUUCAAGGAGGUUUUCAAAACCGUGGCGCCGCUGGUCCUAAAUCAGCUCCAAAACAAGGCGCUGGCGGAAUUCGCAAGCAGAAUGCUUUCGAUCGUGCUAAGAAACUUUUGGCUAAAAACGCCAACAAUAACAAAAAGAAGGAUACCGCUUCUGGCGAUAAGAAAACUGAGAGGUAAGCGUUUUUGACAAAAACAAUUUCAACAAGUUUUACUACAAUUUCAAUUUCGAACCAAUACAAAAAACAACCUACAUCAUUUUAAGACAACUCUUAAUGCAAAAAUAUAAAUGGGGGAAUCCUCUAUAACCCAAUUUACAUUUACUAUUUAAGCAUUGCCACUUUCUAUCCCAUUUAUUUAUUAUUAGCUAAGCGCGAGUGGGUUUACAAGAAAGAAUUUUCUCCUAAAACGAAGUCAGUGUGCACUAUUGCACAUUCGUUUCGAAAUACGAUACGACACACGGAGGACAGUGGUUGAAUGAUGAUAAAAAGUCUGUAGGUGGGAAUGUGGGUUUUGGGAAAUGUGUGGGAUGAAUAAUCAUGAAAUUUACUGCGAUUUAUUGCUUUUUUGUUUGUAUUACAUUUAUAUAUCUACUAUCUUUUAUUGCCCAUUUCAGCGGACAUAUUUAAUUUUUAAUUUGAUUUUGCUUUAUUUAAUUAUUUGUACGUCAAAGUUUUUUAAUUUAUUUAUUUUUUAUUACCCGACGCGCAUUUUCCACCUAUACUACUAGCUAUCAUCGAAGUAUUUUAUUACAGGGCAUCUUUAAACCAAAUAUAUAGCACCUGUUCACUGAUUUAUGGCCGAAUGGAAAAUGUUUUUAACUUAAAACAAUUUUUUUUUUAAGGAAUUACAUUGUGAUUAUUAUUAUCGCCUUUUAAGUUAAUUCACUUGUGUAAAUUGUCAUUCACCUGAUCGCUUUCACCAAAACUGGUCACCAGUCAACUUUUUAGCCACUUAACUUUUUCUUAAUGCGACUUUGAGUUUGCUCACAUUCUACAUCGCCAUUUUGAUAGUAUAAAUCAAGUGCGACCUUUGCUCAUAUUUUGAUAAAUUUACGAAUUUAAAGUCAUUGAUUAAUUAAAAAAAAAAUCAAUUUCAGGUUUUCAAUUGUUAAAAUUGUUAUUUCGCGCCCAGUAUCAUACUAAUCUAACCACUUCGUGUUCGACAAAAAUCGCCUGGUAUAAAGAGAGCCGGCGAGUCGGACUAGGAAUGUUUUGCAGUUUUAUUAUUUGGUUGCCCUUAGCGGCCUAUGCGAUCACCCAAUUUCGUUGCCUCCCUGAACAACCUUUAUUUAUUUUAAACGUCGCUACAG